AUGAUCAUCCCAUCGGAAUUCGAACAAGAACAUGACGAACGAGAAGAGAGAACACGAGAGUCCAAAGCCAGCGGCAAUCGCGGCGGCGCGUGUCGAAUGCGUGAAAAACGCGCGGAAUUCUGGAGCGUCGUCGUCGAAAUGGGCGACGUGGAUAUGGGUUGGCGGGGGACGUUCGUCGACUUCAUCUCCCGGAAGUCCGAAACGAGAAUAGGUGACUUGAGAGUUCUCCGAACGACGUUUCAGCCAUCCCAUCACACGGUCUACCAUUCUGAAAAUUCAGAUGGAUUUUGGGGAGUUUUUGGCGAAGAAUAA